UAGGCAGUCCCUCCAGUUUUUUGCGAUUUUGCGAUCGCGUCAAAUCCCGUGAAAUCAGCAAUUUAACGCAUAUUUUCGCGAUGCCACAUAUUUGCUAUCCUGUCGCAUAAUUUUUGCAAAAAAUUACCCAAAAUCCUUCAUGUAAAAUCACAACUGUUCUACAACUCCUGCUGGUGGUAGUAUUUCCCAAUGUACGAUCACUACUCUGCUGACACGCACCAUUUUAAUUAAUGAUGGCGAGCAAAAAGGGGAAAGACAAGUCCCAUUUGCCAUCUUUUAUCACUGCAAAGGACCGAGCAAAACAAUAUCCCUCAGUUCUUCACGAGAGUGGGGGCAAAUUGUUUUGCACUCCCUGCAAUAAAGUGCUUGACCAUCGAAGGAAAGCCACAAUAAAUUACCAUCUACAAGGACACAAACAUCAGAAGGCAGCCGAAAAUUCGAAUAGGAGAAGGCAGAUAAUGAUGACUAAAGUUGAAACAAAAUCGACCGUGGCAGCAGCCGAACGGAACAAGGUAAGAAGCGGUCAUAUUAGUGAACGCAGGCUAUUUUCUAAGAUAGCAAGUUUGUGCAGAGUAAUUGUGUUUUUGCAGAUAUGUGAAGAUUGGGUCCGCAUGUGCACCGCACUCAACAUACCUCUUUCAAAGACUGACUAUCCUCUGGUGAGGCAGUUUCUGUUAGAUAAGGUUGUAAAUGGUGGCAGCAUUCCUAAGUCUCACCAGCUCCAAGAGAAACACCUGGGAGAUCUUUAUUUAAAGGGAAAGGCUGAACUGAAAAGAAAAGUAUCGGGGAAACCAGUGGCUGUCAUCUUUGAG